AUGGAGUUGCGGUCAGUAUAUAUAGCAGUUAUCGGAAUGGAUUUGUGGCGAUUGCCAGCGAUGACGAUAAUAGGUGAUGGCGAUAUGGUGGGUCAGGGUGUAUGUUGUAUGCAUCCUGAUGGUUGGCCAUCUCCAUCAUCAAAUCAGAAUGGAAGUGAUGAUGGUGAUGGCGUUGAUGAUGGUGAUGGUGAUCGUCUUGAUUUGAGUUGUGAGAUGAAUUGA